AUGAGAAAUUUCAAUAACGCGAGCAACAAUACUUUCCAGAGUGAAUACUCUGCAAAUUUAGAGAGUAGUUUCGUUUCUUCAUCUGUGGAUGACGCAAAGAAUACUAUGAAACGAAAGAGUAAAUUCUUCAGUUUUACCAAAAUUUGUACCUUUUCCCUUCUCGUGUUGAUGUCCCAGUGUUACGAAAAUGGCAACUCGAGCAGUUCCGUUUGCACGUUCAACGGCCUUAACAAUGGUGCAGGUUUAAGGUCCCUUAGAAUGUUAGCGUCUGCAGAAUCGGAAGUCCAGUUUGAAGGUGCAUCCGCAGAAAAUGAAGAAGAAGAGUGUACUCAAGUGCAAGGGGAAAAGAAAAAUUGUAAGGCAUCAUCUUCGCCAGACAGUAAUGCUGUUGAUAAGACGUGCCAAACUAACUGUGGAGCCUGCACAUGUGGUUUUAAAACUUUAGAUUUAUAUUUUGAAAAGAAAUUAAUGGAUAUCUUAGACGCGGGAAACAAGAAAGCUGAAGCGAUUGUGGAUGCCGGAGCUCACGUUAUGAAUGGAUUAAAGAACUACCUUAAAUAUGUCCUUCUUUUCUCACCACUUUUACUUGAAUUUUUAGCAAGCAAACUUUUACUAUCAGGAUAUUAUAAGUCAUCUCAAUUCGUAUCCAGUGUGUGUGUUACGUUUUACUUGUACGUGUUUUACAAAAUUGUAAAGAAUUGCGCAUUGGAAAGAGAAGGUUAUCUAGCUUAUGAGAAUUACUCUCCACGUAGAGUUCCCUUCCGCAGAGGAUGCAGUGGCAGUAGCUGUGAAACUUUUUACACUAAUGAUGUCUGCCCUCGUAGCGGCUGCGAAAGUCCCUGCAACAAGAAGAGUGGUUCCUGCAGCAAAAAGGAAGACUCAAAAUGCAAGAGUGCAAAAUCUAAGCCAAGAAGUGCUUAA